CAUGAGCCACAUCCAGAUCCCGCCUGGGCUCACGGAGCUGCUGCAGGGCUACACCGUGGAGGUGCUGCGGCGGCAGCCACCCGACCUGGUCGACUUCGCGGUGGACUACUUCACCCGCCUGCGCGAGGCCCGCUCCCGAGCCUCCACCCCACCCGCCGCCCCUCCUUCCGGCUCCCAGGAUCUAGAGCCCAGCUCUGGCCUUGUCACCGACGCGAUCGCGGACAGCGAGUCGGAGGACGACGAGGACUUGGACGUUCCAAUUCCUAGCAGAUUUGAUCGGCGAGUAUCAGUCUGUGCUGAGACCUAUAACCCUGAUGAGGAAGAGGAAGAUACUGAUCCAAGGGUGAUUCACCCUAAAACUGAUCAACAAAGAUGCAGACUUCAAGAAGCUUGCAAAGAUAUUCUUCUUUUCAAAAAUCUUGAUCAGGAACAACUUUCUCAAGUCCUCGAUGCUAUGUUUGAAAGGACAGUCAAAGUUGAUGAGCAUGUCAUUGACCAAGGAGAUGAUGGAGACAACUUUUAUGUUAUUGAACGGGGAACCUAUGAUAUUUUAGUAACAAAAGAUAAUCAAACCCGCUCUGUUGGUCAGUAUGACAACCAUGGCAGUUUUGGAGAACUAGCUCUGAUGUACAACACCCCGAGAGCUGCUACCAUUGUCGCCACUUCAGAAGGCUCCCUUUGGGGACUGGACCGUGUGACUUUUAGAAGAAUCAUAGUGAAAAACAAUGCAAAAAAGAGGAAGAUGUUUGAAUCAUUUAUUGAAUCUGUGCCACUCCUUAAAUCACUAGAGGUGUCAGAACGAAUGAAGAUCGUGGAUGUAAUAGGAGAAAAGAUCUAUAAGGAUGGAGAACGCAUCAUCACACAGGGUGAAAAGGCUGAUAGCUUUUACAUUAUAGAGUCUGGUGAAGUGAGCAUCUUGAUUAAAAGCAAGACUAAAGCAAACAAGGAUGGUGGGAACCAGGAGGUCGAGAUUGCCCGCUGCCACAAGGGGCAGUACUUUGGAGAGCUUGCACUGGUCACCAACAAACCCAGAGCUGCUUCAGCUUAUGCAGUGGGAGAUGUCAAAUGCUUAGUUAUGGAUGUACAAGCAUUUGAGAGGCUUCUGGGGCCCUGCAUGGACAUCAUGAAGAGGAACAUCUCACACUAUGAGGAACAGCUGGUGAAGAUGUUUGGCUCCAGCAUGGAUCUGAUCGAUCCCGGGCAGUAGGUGUGCCACACCCCAGAGCCUUCUCAGUG